AUGGGGGGAAGGAGGAGGUUUUACCAGAUAACUCAUUCAUUUGCCAAUUCGAUUGUUAGUAAAAUACUGAAACACUCAUUUCUAAUUGAGUUCAGUUCAAUCGCUCAGUCGUGUCUGACUCUUUGCGACCCCAUGAACGGCCAGGCCUCUCUGUCCAUCACCAACUCCCAGAAUUUACCCAAACUCAUGUCCAUUGAGUCGGUGAUGCCAUCCAACCAUCUCCUGUCAUCUCCUCCUCCUCCUGCCCUCAAUCUUUCCCAGCAAUCUUUUCAAAUGAGUCAGCUCUUUGUAUCAGCUGGCUAA